AUGAAUUCUUUUCAAUUUUUAGUUGCGGUUACCGCCUCACUUGGUGGUCUUCUUUUCGGUUAUGAAGUCGGUGUCAUGAACGUUGUCCUUGUUAUGGAUGCGUUCAACAUCUUCUUCCACUUCAGUACAUGGAAUGGUGAUGUCUUAGAUGCCAAUGGUAAUGCAGUUCCAAAGAAUUCACCAGAUAGAACAUACCGUGCAAUAAAGGAUGAUCCAUCUAGAGCUCUUAAUCAAGGUAUUGUUACUUCUACUUUCGUUCUUGGUGCUCUUUGUGGUGCACUUAUGGCCACUUACCUUGGUGAAAAGUACGGACGUAGAAACACUAUUAUGAUUGGUUCCUGUAUUUUCACUAUUGGUGCCAUUCUUCAAGGUUCAUCUAUCUCCAGUUUAAUCUUUAUUUCCGUUGGUCGUUUUGUUACUGGUACAGCUAUUGGAUGUAAUGGUGUCCUUUGCCCAACCUACAUUUCCGAAGUUGCACCAGCUAAGAUUAGAGGUACACUUUCUUCCUGCUACCAACUUAUGACUACUUUCGGUAUUAUUGUAGCUUCCUGUGUCAAUGCCAUUAUCUGGUACUACACUAUUUUCAUUCAAGUUAUUCCAGGUGUUGCCUUUGCACUUCUUUUAAGUCUUCUUCCAAAGUCACCAAGAUGGUUAUGUUCCAAGGAUCGUGAUGAAGAAGCUACCGAAGUUCUUGCCAAGCUUAACGCCGCCGCUACUUCUGAUGCUAUUGUUCAAGAUGAACUUAAGGCUAUUCAAGAAGAUGUAGCUGCUACUCGUGCUGCCGGAUCCUCAUCCUUCUCCGAAUUAUUCAGCCCAGUUAUUCGUCGUCUUCUUAUGGAUGCCUGGGGAACCAAGACUUUCCUUCUUUUCGCAGCUGCUUGUCUUCUUGCCUGGUUAUACUCUCAAUUCUACUGUAUUGAAAGUAAGGGUCUUACUCUUGAAGAAAUGGAUGCCAAGAUGGCUG